CUCAAGUCAAGGUCAGCUGAUUCAGAGAAAUUUGUUACUAGUUUGUACUGUACCUCUAUAAGCAGGUACAAUUCAUCGUUGGCCGUGGUACGACUCCAGGUCAUUCAGAUAUAAGAUUAGGGCCUUCAAAUUUACAAGAUGAGGUGGCUGAAGACGCUAUUAGUGGGAGUCCUGCCUCUGUUAUCGGCCUUCCAAUAUGUGGAGGGAAGUCGAAUUCUAUUUAUCAGUGCCAUUGCGUCCAAGAGUCACAAGGGAUUCUUCAACGCUGUCAUCGAUAAACUGGCUGGUAACGGCCAUCAGAUAACGAUCGUAUCGCCCUACAAACCCUCCAAAGAGCGAGCCAACGUCAGAGAGAUCGCCCUAACCGAUCUGGACAUCACAUUGAUCCUGCCGAACUUGUUCGAGGGCAACGCCCUCACGGGGCCAAAGACGCUCUUAUCCGUCGCUCCCGGGAUAUGCUCAGAGGCCCUCGGGAAACGGGAGGUCCAAGACCUUCUCAAGGAGAAGUUCGACCUCGGGAUUGUGAGCAUCUUCCUGUCUGACUGUUUCCUGUCCCUGUUUCACCAGAUGAAGAUACCGGUGAUGCAAGUGUGCCCCACGGGACCUCUCGGACCCAUCGGCGCCAUGGCGGGAAUUCCUACCUUCCCGUCCUUCGUCACGAAUCCUUUCCUGCGCAGCUUCCAUCCUCUCACCUUCAUGCAGAGGAUGUUCAACACUCUGGCUGACACGGGAGGCUCACUUGCCAUGGAAUACAUAAUGAUGCCAAACAUGGAAGCUGAAUGCCGUCGCAGAGGCCUGUGCCCAGUGGACAUGCCCAGCCUACUUGAACUGAAGCACAAUGCUACAGUAUUAAUGGUUAAUAGCGUGCGUGGUAUGGAAUCACCCCCGCGCCCAUCCAUGGCAUCUAUUGUUUAUGUUGGAGGGAUCCACUGCCAGGAAGCUAAACCCUUACCUAAGGACUUGGAGGAAUGGGUAGCUGGCUCUGGAAAGGAUGGCUUCAUAUUCUUCAGCCUGGGGUCUGUCGUGAAACCUUCAACUAUGCCUGAGCAGUAUCGCCAAGCCCUUGUGAAAGCAUUCGGUUCCCUGAAGCAGCGCGUCCUGUGGAAGUGGGACGAAGACACCAUGAAGGAUCUUCCUCCCAACGUCCUCCUGGGGAAGUGGCUGCCACAGCAGGAUAUCUUAGGUGACUCCCGCCUCCGGGUCUUCAUCACACACGGAGGAGCCCUCAGCACGCAGGAAUCCAUCUACCACGGCACUCCCGUCAUCGGUCUCCCUGUUUUUGCCGACCAAAUGACCAACAUGGCGGAGGUGCAGGAACAAGGGUGGGGUAGAGUCCUAGACUGGAAGGAAUUGACUCCUGAACUCCUCAGGGAUACGAUUCAAACUGUCAUGACGGAUGAGAGGUUGAGAGCCGAGGUCAAGAGGAGGUCAGCCCUGAUGCGUGACACCCCCCAGGACCCAGGUCAGCUGGCUAACUAUUGGGUCGAUUACGUCAUUCGACACAAUGGGGCACUCCAUCUGAAAUCACCCAUUCUCACGAUGCCCUGGUACCAACUCUACAACGUAGAUGUCUGGCUGACCGUCGCAGGAGCAGUGGUACUCGUUCUUGUACUUCUGCUCAAGAUUUUCCUUGUCAUCCUCCGAUGCUUAACCUCAAGAUUCAAGCAGAAGAAGGAUUAAUUCGAGGGAUUACUGAAGGGGUAUCCAAAGGGAUUAAUCCUGUGCUUUUUUGACUGGAAGCUGAAAGGGAUUUAGGAUUGCUAAUUGUAGAUUUUAGGUGUUGAUUAUGGUACUUUUUUAAAGAUAUUAUUGUGGGUUUUGUUGUUGGCGCCUGUUGUUGUUGUUCCUCUUAUGAAUGUAUGUAGGGAGAGAAAAUUUAUGCAUAAAUUGAUGUAUGUAGGGAGAGCAAAUUUAUGCAUAAAUUGACCAAGAAAUUGUAGGCAAAGUUUUUAUAUAUGUCAGAAUUUUAUUUUCUUUUUGACAGAUUUAAAGAACAAAUCGUUUGUGGACUUUCUUAUAGAAAAAUUUACUGUAAAUAAAACAAGUCUUAU